GAAUUGUGGGCGGUUGGUGACGCUUGUGUUUGGGAAGCAAACAGAGUUUUACUGGGGCUCGAGUGAAGAAGAGAUCCGGGUCUGUGGAAGUGAGUGCACAGGAUAAAGUUUUAACGCAAAAAAAAAAAAAAAAAAAUCAACAGACUAUGGAAAAGUGUGAGUCCACGACACAACAAACCAGCGCUUGCCCAGUGAGUCCUGCAGAGAGUGGGAUCCCGUCGUCAUGGUGUGGAACUCGGAAAGAGUGCAUUAUCCAGAGUCAAGAGCAGCCUGGUACGGUACAGAGCAUGUACUGUCAGGAGCUUGUGCUUGGAGGUGACAUAGAGUUCUCGUUUGAAGAGCUGCGUGCCCAGCGGUAUUAUCAACAACUCAAUGAAAAAGUCAAGGACUUGAACAAAGUCAAAGAAGAGCUGAAGUUUCAGAUUGAGCAGAAACGUAAUUGUAUUCGAGGGAGGAAUGAUUCCAUCCAACAUGGGCAGCUUGAUGCACCACGGUGUUCCCUCCAGACUGCUGAUGUUGGCUGUGCUCCUGUUGUUCCCAGUGAAUCUGCUCCAUUGAAAAUUUAUAGUGAGCCAGAAAUCUCUCGAAACUCUGCCAUGAGCAUAAUAAACCAUGAAGACAUGGGACACGGCACAACUGGUGUGAAACGGAGUUCACAGGCACCACAGUCUUUCUCUAUACAUGAUGAGAAUGUUUUGCCUGAGAAGCUGAAGGAGAAGCCCAGUACAAGAUCAUCCUCUGUGAGUCACAAAUCUUUGAAGCUGCCCACCUCCAUUUUGAAAUCCAGACAGCCUGCAUCAGUGUGUCCCAGUGAUAAAGAUUCCUCCCUUUCACGCUCCGAGGAAGCCAUCAUCAAUGCCCACUGGAAUAAGACUCUCUGCCGGAGCCCAGAUGACACUUGUGAUUUUGUCCGUGCUGCUCAGCUGGCAUCCACACCAUUCAGCGGUCCAGGGAGGCAAAACCCCUCCGAAGGCGGCCAGAUGGAAGAACAUGAAACUCUCAACAAAACUGGUUCUAUUAUCUUCAAAGAGCCAAACCCUGAGGCCAGAGUGGAGACAAAGAAGCUAAGCCCGAUCCAGGAGAUCAGUCACGAGUGGGGUUAUACCUCCUCAGCUUCCACCUAUCCUCUGGAGCCAGAAUCACAAGGAAGGGCCGCAGUUCACUCAGGAAUUACAGAGGUCCUUCAGCCUCCCUCAGGAAAAACAGCGUCUGCUCCUUCCAUCGACACUGAGACGGUGAAUCCAUGCAGCCUGGAUGUCAGGAAACUCCUGCUGGAUGGUGUAGACCUGAGUUCUAUUGCUAACUUCAGCAGGAAGGUUGGACCUCUACCUGACCCUGAUGACCUGCAUCUUGAUGGUGAAACCCUGUUCUUCCUCAAAAAGAUGGGUGAUCAGGGAAUGUGCUUAUAUAUUUCAAAUGGUGGUCAUGUGCUUGUUAAGAUGGAUGAAUCCACGGUACCUUGGGAUUUUUAUAUUAGCUCACAACUGAGGGCCAGACUGCCUGCUGAUCAACAGCAUUGUCAUGAUCCGAGCACUUGUUACCUCUACGAAAAUGGAUCAUUCACCUUUUGGCAGGUUCCUCAAGGGCGAACGAUUCAAGAGUUACUGGAGGACAACUUGGAUAAACGGGAUAUUCCACUUUUGGCCAUUUGGUUGUUGGAGAUGGUGAAACGGAUGCACUCGUGUCGACUUGUUCACGGGGCUUUGCAGCCUGAAACACUAAUGGUGUGCCACAGCUGUGCAGACAGUGUCGUCUGCAUGGAUUUCUCACAUUCGUUGGACUUGGAGCUGCAGACUGAUGUGGAGACCGUGCAGUCUCUUCCCUCGGCUCAGAACUAUAUUAAACAGGGUUUAUUGUUGCCCUCCGCUUCUCCUUACCAGGUGGACCUCUGUGGCAUUGCAGAAAUAGUACACUUGCUACUGUUUGGGAAAAACAUGAAGAUAAUUAAGGAUGCAUCGUACUGGAGAUUGACCGAGGACCGUGGACCUCUGGAUCAGCAGAGGACCCUUGAAUUCAGCAACCUGCUUGGUCCUUUGUGGCAAGAUUUUUUCCACAACCUUUUGAAUCCAGAGGACAACUCAACGGAGUUUAUUUUGUCCAACCUAAUCAACAACAUAAAGAACACACUCUAUGAAGGCUUGGAGUGUCAGAUUUCUCUGUAAUUUCUGCUGUCAGUCACUUUUCUGUGUUUGUGUGUCUUUCGUUUCUUUUAAGUUCCGAUAAAGUAUUCUUACAUAUUCUUAAUUUUGCUUCAUUAUUAUUUUUUUUUUUAUCCUGUACUCGUGUUGUGUGUUCAAUAAAUGGGCAAAA